AGAUGUUCUCAAACAAUGAUGAAGCUCUUAUUAACAAGAAGCUUCCCAAGGAGCUGCUACUUAGGAUUUUCUCCUUCUUAGAUGUUGUUACACUUUGUCGGUGUGCCCAAGUCUCCAGGGCUUGGAACGUCCUUGCUCUUGAUGGUAGCAAUUGGCAGAGAAUCGACUUAUUCGACUUUCAGAGGGAUAUUGAGGGCCGUGUAGUAGAGAAUAUAUCCAAAAGAUGUGGUGGGUUUUUGCGCAAACUAAGUUUACGUGGAUGCCUGGGUGUGGGAGAUAAUGCUCUCAGAACCUUUGCUCAGAACUGUAAGAAUAUUGAAGUUUUAAACCUGAAUGGCUGCACCAAAAUCACUGACACAACCUCGUCUAGCCUCAGUAAAUUUUGUUGUAAACUCAGACAUUUGGACUUGGCAUCAUGCACCUCCAUUACUAACUUAUCCCUAAAGGCUCUCAGUGAGGGCUGCCCCCUCCUGGAGCAACUGAACAUCUCAUGGUGUGAUCAGAUCAGCAAGGAUGGGAUCCAGGCUCUGGUAAAGGGCUGCGGGGGGCUGCGGUGCCUGUCCCUCAAGGGCUGCACUCAGUUGGAAGAUGAGGCGCUUAAAUAUAUUGGAUCACAGUGUCCAGAACUUGUCACGUUAAAUCUACAGGCGUGUUCCCAGAUAACUGAUGAUGGACUCAUCACAAUUUGCCGUGGAUGUCACAAGCUGCAGUCUCUGUGCGCCUCUGGCUGUUCCAACAUCACAGACUCUAUUCUUAAUGCACUGGGACAGAACUGCCCCCGACUCAGAAUUCUUGAAGUAGCUCGAUGUUCACAGUUGACAGAUUUAGGAUUUACCACUCUGGCUAAAAAUUGCCAUGAGCUAGAGAAGAUGGAUUUGGAGGAAUGUGUACAGAUUACAGAUAGCACUCUUAUCCAGCUUUCCAUACACUGUCCAAGGCUGCAAGUGUUGAGCCUUUCCCACUGCGAGUUGAUCACAGAUGAUGGUAUCCGCCACUUGGGCAAUGGUGCUUGUGCCCAUGAUCGUCUUGAAGUUAUCGAAUUAGAUAAUUGUCCUCUCAUCACUGAUGCAUCAUUGGAGCACUUAAAAAGCUGCCAGAGUCUUGAACGUAUUGAAUUGUAUGACUGCCAACAGAUCACACGGGCUGGCAUCAAAAGACUUCGGACACAUCUCCCUAACAUUAAAGUCCAUGCCUACUUUGCUCCAGUCACACCACCUCCCUCCGUGGGGGGCAGCAGGCAACGAUUCUGCAGAUGCUGUGCCAUCCUAUGA